UAGAAACUUCCUGUACGGUCUUAACCUCCUAUCCACGCAUAAAAUCACUCUUCUUCUGCAGCACGUAACCACCCAGAGUAGUAACAACCAGCGGAGAUAUGGCUACCUACCGCCUUCUCACCACGCGCGCCACCGCAACAACUCUUUUCAGUAACCGUUUUCUUCCUGUUCGCUCCGUCUCUGCUGCCAUUUCCACUCGACGGAGCUUCAAUACUCAUUGCGAUCACGCGAAUGUUUAUGACAGCGAUUUCCUCUCAGACUUGUUUGAUCGGGUUAAACCAGUGAGAAGCAUGAGCCAGAUCUACAACAUGGCAGAAUCUGGUGGGGGAGAAUUAGGAGAAAGGAAGGGAUGGGGAGCGAAGGAAAACGGAGAGUAUCUCAGUCUCAGGUUCGACAUGCCAGGCUUGGACAAAGACAACGUCAAGAUCUUGGUAGAGCAGGACACUUUGAUCAUCAAAGCAGAAUCGGAGAAUGAAUCUGAGGACGAGGAGGAAGAAGAGCUACCACACGCAUACUUUGGCCGAUUAAACCUGCCAGUGGAUUUGUAUAAACUGAAAGAGAUCCAAGCCGAGAUGAAGAAUGGUGUGCUAAAAGUUCUGGUUCCGAAGGUGAAACCAGAAGAGAGGAAUGAUGUGUGGGAGGUUGAAGUAAAGUGAACAUUUCAUAUGCGCAAUUUAGAGCUGAUUGGAGGUCGUGAUGAUGGACAUUAGAGAGGAAGAGUUUACUUUGCAAAUAAUCCAGAUUUAUGAGUAAAUCUUAAGUUAGAAAAUGUGAUGAAUUUUCUAUCUUAAAGUGAACUUCUAUGAUGCAGUAGAUAUAUGAUUAGAGUAAUAGCUACAUAUGGUGAAUGCUGAAUAUUCAUCACCUUGCACA